UCAAGCCAUAAUCAUGGCAUUCUCAAACCAAACAAAAUUCAUAUAUUUGAUUUUAGCAAUUUUUGUGUUUCAAGUUAGAUCAAGAACAUUGAUCAUCGAAGAUGCCGCCAUUGUUGAGAAGCAUGAAGAAUGGAUGAUUCAUCAUGGACGUAUCUAUCAUAAUAGCGAAACAAAAGAGAAGCGGUUUCAAAUAUUCCAAAUCAAUCGGAGAAAUAUUCAUAAUUUCAAUAAAGCAUCAAAUAAAACUUAUGAGUUAGAUCUCAAUCAUUUUGCAGACUUAACUAAUAAAGAAUUUCUCACUACUUAUACCGGCUAUAGAGCACAAGAAGUAGCCCAAACAAUAAAUAAAUCAACCAAAGCACCAACAGAUUAUCAUAUCACUGAUGUUCCCGAGAGUAUUGACUGGAGGCAGAGAGGUGUUGUUACCGGUGUUAAAUUCCAAGGCGAAUGUGGAUCUUGUUGGGCAUUUUCAGCUGUGGCAGCCGUAGAAGCUCUUAUAGGUAACGGUGUCUCACUAUCAAUACAACAACUGCUAGAUUGCACAUAUGAAAGUAACGGUUGCAGAGGCGGUACUAUGAAUUCUGCUUUUAGGUAUAUGGCGCAAAAUCAAGGAAUAACUUUAGAAUCAUUUUAUCCUUAUCAAUUAAUGCAAACAACUUGUAUGAUAAGUAAUGGUGUAAUUAAAAUCGGUGGUUACGAGGAUGUACCACCUAAUGAUGAGGAAAAAUUGAAAGGUUUUGUGUCAAUGCGACCUGUGUCGGUAGCCGUUGAUGCAAGCUCAGAUUAUUUUAGAUUUUACAGUAAUGGAAUAUUUCCAGCUCAAGAUUGUGGAAAUUCGUUGAAUCACGGUGUUCUUUUAGUUGGAUAUGGAACAAGUGUAGAUGGAAUAAAAUAUUGGUUAAUUAAGAAUUCAUGGGGGACUCAAUGGGGAGAAGAUGGAUACAUGAGAUUGGAAAGAGAUGCCAGCGUCUACGGUGGUGCUUGCGGUGUUGCAAUGGAUCCUUCAUUUCCUUUUCUUUAAUGGUAAAUUAAACUCAGAGUAUUAUUGGACAUUAGACUAAAAUAUGUUUUCAAUUUUUUUUUAUAUUACAGAAACUUA